UGGCACAUUGGCGUUACAACGGAUUCUUUUUCUACCGAUUAGCAAAAGAAAAAGAAAGCAACGGAUUCUUUUCUUGUUUUCAAACCAGAAGAAAGAGGUAUAAAUUCCGAAAUCUGCUCUCUCUUCAGAUCCCAUAAUCACAAAGACUCAUCAAUCGAUCUUUCUAGAAACAAAUUUUGCAACUUUCUGGUCAAUUUUCAGCAAUCACCAUGUUAAACCAACCUGGAUUUUCCGACCCAGAUCUCCGGUUUUCGUUUUCCGAUCAUAAACCAACCUGAAUCUUCCGACUCUUGUCGUGCCUCGACUGUCGAGAAAUGUUUGGGAAAGAUAGUGUUCAAGGACAUAACCACGAAGCUGAGAAAUAUGGUCCAAAAGGUCAGUCAAAGCCAUCCAAUGGCACACCAGCAAAGCCACAGGACAACUCGAAGCAACAGCCAGAUUUUGAUAUAAAUGUUGGCUUAUCAAAUCUGUAUCCAUGGUUUUGUAGUUUGUGUAACACAAAGGCUACAAGCCAGCAGACUUUGCUUGCCCAUGCCGAUGGAAAAGCAAAAGCCUUUCAUGCUAAACAGCAAUCCACGGUGGAUGCAACCGAAAGUACUGCUAUUCUCGAGAGAAAGAAGUCUCCAAACCAACUUGUUGUAACGACGGCAGCUCUGUCGUAUGAAAAGGAAGGACACUAUGUCAAGUAUGGAAGCGUGUGCACAUCUUGCCUGUUGAUGAUACCAUUGAAGGGCUUACCUGAAGCGCAGAAAGAAGAUGGAUGUGAUGUGAUUGACUUGGAAGAUGACGAAAUUGACGCCGAGAUCCUCAACUCCACGGCGGUGUCUAAUGAACACUUCCAGAACGGUCUUGGUAACAGCAACCCAUCUGCACUUCGUGAAACUGCCUGCCUGAGGAAAUCUCAUGUUGCUAAAGAUGUCGAUGUGACUGCACUCGCUAAGUACACUCAUGGAUUCAGUGGCGCUGAUAUCACUGAGAUUUGCCAGAGAGCUUGCAAGUACGCCAUUAGAGAAAUCAUCGAAAAGGUUAGAGAUUUCUUUUCUUUUAGCUCGUGA